CCGGAGAGGAGGAGGACUGGGGCUGGGAGGGCUCGGAGGUCCGGGUGAGCUGGCCACCGAGAGGGGACAGCCCGGCUGCACAAGGGCGCGUGCCGUGAGUCCGGGAGAGCGCGUGUGCCCCACGCUCCGUCUUCCAGGCCGGCCCAGGACACGAAGCCGGAAGAGAGCUGCCGAGUGGGGAGACUGAGCAGGGAGGAAAUCCAAACUCGCCCAGCCCGGGAGCAGGCUAGGUCUCCGCCGGAGCCUGCCCAGAGCCUGGGUGUGAGCCUGGCGUCACGUCAACAAGCAGAGGCGGCCAGGCGGGGUGGAGUGCGCGUGCGCGGCUCCCUCGCUCGCGGGGCGUGGGAGCGGGCUCCGGGCGGCGGACACGCGCGCGCGCGCACCCGGGCAGCCUGGGCGGCCGUUCCAGCCUGUCACUGCUGCGGCGCUGCUCGCUGGUCGUUCCCCUGAAGACAGCGGAGGCGGUGGCGGCUCCAGACACCUGCGGCGGCGACCCCCCGGCGACGGCGCGGAGAUGUGGCCCUUGGUGGCGGCGCUGUUGCUGGGCUCCUGCUGCUGCGGUUCAGCUCAACUACUGUUUCGUAAAAUCAAAUCUGUAGAGUACACCAAGUGCAAUGAAACUGUCGUCAUCCCUUGCAUCGUCCUUAAUGUGGAGGCACAAAGCACCGAAGAAAUGUACGUGAAGUGGAAGUUAAACAAAACAUACAUUUUCAUCUAUGACGGAAGUAAAAACAACUCUACCGUAGAGACCAACUUCAGCAGUGCGAAAAUCUCAGUCUCAGACUUACUGAAAGGUGAUGCCUCUUUGAAAAUGGGUAGGACUCAGGCGGUCGUGGGAAACUACACGUGUGAAGUCACAGAAUUAUCCAGAGAAGGCAAGACAGUUAUAGAGCUGAAACACCGUAUGGACUCCAACUCUAGCUACGGAGCAGACUGUUCUAACCACACUACCCCGGCAGGGGACGAGAAGGAGAAAGGAGGUUGCACAUUAGCAUCAUGGUUUUCUCCAAAUGAAAAGAUCCUCAUUGUUAUUUUCCCAAUUUUGGCUAUACUCCUUUUCUGGGGAAAGUUCGGUAUUUUAACGCUUAAAUAUAAAUCCACUCGAACGAAUAAGAGAAUCAUUCUGCUGCUCGUCGCCGGGACGGUGCUCACUGUCAUCGUCAUUGUUGGAGCCAUUCUUCUCAUACCAGGAGAAAACCCUGUAAAAAGUGCUUCUGGACUUGGCCUCAUUGUCAUCUCUAUAGGAAUAUUAAUACCGCUUCAGUACAAUGUGUUUAUGACAGCGUUUGGAAUGGCCUCUUUCACCAUUGCCAUAUUGAUCACUCAAGUGCUGGGCUACAUCCUUGCUCUGGUUGGACUGUGUCUCUGCAUCAUGGCUUGUGAGCCAGUGCACGGCCCCCUUUUGAUUUCAGGUCUGGGUAUCAUAGCUCUAGCAGAACUGCUUGGCCUAGUUUAUAUGAAAUUUGUUGCUUCCAACCAGAGGACUAUACAGCCUCCUAGGAAAGCUGUAGAGGAACCCCUUAACGCAUUUAAAGAAUCAAAAGGAAUGAUGAAUGAUGAAUAAGUGAGGGGCAGUGAUGGACUGUGUCCGGAGAGUCAGACGCAAAGGAACACAGUGUGUCUAAGCACCCUGGCCCUGCUGACUCUGAGAAGAAAAAUAAACAGCAGUAACUGACUUUCAUCUAUGGAAGAUGUGUUGGCCCAUAGAUGAUGAUCAACGCAGCUGUAAUUUACUGAAUAAAUGAAUCAUGAUUGUGUUGUGUAACCAAUUGAAAUCCAUUUUUCUAUUGUUUCUACUCAAUGAGGGGCAAAAGAAUCAGGGGCAACUUCCAAGAAUGAUGCUGGCUAGAUCCUCGAGUCUCUGGACACUGGGUUUAAAUCAGUUCUGUGUCAGACUUGCCUAGCAUUAACCUGAUGGUUACCCAGAGAUACCCAUGACAAACAGUGGUAUCCAGCAAGCCUUAGUAAACUCAGGUUCCCAGCAGCUUUGUCAUUCGUGCUGCUAGCUGUCUAAUGUGACUGCCACUUCCAGAUCAUAGGGACAGAGACUAAAGUAGAAUAAUGAAUUUGGCGGCGCAAAUCCUGUAUGCCCGCUACAUGUGCUAUGAUAUCAAUAGCACUACUGUCUUCAUUCUUGGGGCUUGCCUCCAUCCACAAUCCCCACCCCCUUGACAUAUUGCACACCCAGAUUUUGGAUUCUUUUUUUUCUUUAUAAAUGUCGAUUUCUUUGCACCCUGUCCUGUCCUGCUACUUGCGUUUGCGGUACAAGAUGCAGUACCUUUUCUCCUUUUCAGACACAGUCCUGUGACACAGUAGUGUCAGUCGCAGAAAGGAGCCAGACUUAUUCUCAAAGCACUGUGCUCACUCACACUCUUCAGCAAAAAAUAGCUAUGGCUGUAACAUAUGUAUUCAAGACCUCUGGUUUGAAGACAAAAAAAUCUACAGUGUUUCUUGCCGUGUUUUCUGAUCAGAGGCAUGACCAAGCAAGACUGAGAUCUGAACUAUGCGUCUCCUGCAUGGCAACAUGUGUCUCCAUCAGACCCUAGCAAAGCCAGGGGGAGGAGGUUUUACGCCUGUUGUCUCUUUGUUGCAUGAUGAACACUCAUCACCUUCCUCCUGUAUCCCGCCUCUGCCUCCUCCUCUUCCCCUAAGUUUGAAAAGUAAAACAAAACCAUCACAUUCCCUACCCGGUUUAGAAGAAACCAACGUCCUGACAGUUGUGAUCGCAUGGAGUACUUUUAGAUUAUUAGCACUUGUUUUUUAUCCCGUUUGUGGGCGUGUUUGUAUGUGCACAUGUAUAAGGUAGGCACAUGCAUCUUCUGUACCAACAAAAGGGAGGCAUCUACAGAAGAGCAAAUGCUAACUUUGUGCUUUUAGUAAAUACAUUUAAAAACAAAGGUCCUUAUUCGGUGCAAUUAUAUUUGAUGCAAAUGUUUGAUCACUUUAAAACUAGGUAAUGUGCCAAGCUUUUUUGACUGCUGACCAAUGCCCUCCAAAAAAAAAAAAAAACAGUAAUUUUUCCUGUUUGUGUAAGAAGGCAUUUGUAUUUUGUGUUUGCAUUACUAAUGAUUAUUUCUUCUUAGUCCACUGAACGUUUCCAUGUGCCUCUUGUAUGCCAAACUUCCUGUCAUCUUUCAUGUGGGGACCAAGUGGUUUGUCCAUAGCAAACCUAAACCUAUGACCUGCUGAGGCCUCUCAGAAAACUGACCACGCUGCCAAGAUAGUGCUUCUAAAGAAAAGUAGGCUUCCUCUCUGAUCCUGUAGCUGUUCAAAAUAGUCCUGUAUAAAGAGGGAGCGAGAUGCCUUUAUACAAAACUGAUGGCUCCUGAUGUUUUUCUGUUUCCUUCUGAAAAUAUUUAUACCUUGCUCAUUUUGUUGGUUACUUUGAAAUCAGUUUUGAUGAAGAGAGCAACAAGCAGAUGGACUUGGAACUGAUCCAGAUUUUCCUGUUCUCUAUUAAGAGAGUCAGGUGUGAAACUCUUUAUAGUCAAUUUUUUUAUGAACUAAAGUUGUACCUUUUAGUAAGUGGUCAAUGCCCCUCUGCUCGGGGUUCAGUCUUAACCAGCCGUCAUGCUCUUUUGCUGCCUGCCAUUUGAGGCAUUGCGUACCCUAGACAGUGCCACUGGUGAUGGCCAGGGAAACACAAGACGAACUCAACUCUUGUUCUUAGUUAUCCGCUUCUCUGUAUAAGGGACCACAGCAGCAAAGAGUCCUCCUGCCCGGGCAUUAUUGGGCCAGUUCACCCUGUUUAAAUCGAACCCACCAUGACGCCUGGCUCUCAUUGUAGCAGAUUUAAAUUGCUAACAGCAUCGUGGGCAGCAUGCAUCUGUUUUGCCCCACAGAGUGCUCUCUUCUUCCUGAUCCCAAUUUCCGCUGUCAUAUCCUCUCUUCGUCUUUUAUUUAUUGUCUGCUCUCCAUUUAUACAAUAGUACGGAGAGAUGCCAUUUGUCACUUUCCGCCACACUUUCCCAGCCUUUAUGGCUGAGUCCCAUUUUUCUUCUCUUUCAAAUGGUUGUGCUUCAACUCAUCCGUCACUGACUGUACUUUGCAGUCUGUCCCCGACUGUCUGGGGCCCCUUUCAUCUCUCCCUUGUCCUUUCUGGUGCUUCAUGUGUCUCCGCUUAGCUCUGUUGGCUUUUCUGUCUUAUUCUUCUCACUGGACUUCUUUAAAAAAUUCCUCCCACAGCAAGCGUGUGGCUUCCCUUUCUCCUGUUCCUCCCGCAGAGUUCUGCGUGCGUUAGUAGACACUCAAUAUAGAAUUUUGAUGGCAAGAGUUGCCUGCACUUAGAUUUCUCUUCUUAAUAGGGUGAGCUAGAGAGUUUUCUUUUUCUUCUUCUUUUCUUUUACUUUUUUUUUUUUUUUGACAGAUUUUACAAACAUCCUUUGAAAAUUAUAAGAGGUGGUGAUUCACCUGAAAAUUCCAGAUCUGGUCUGUUUAAACCAUUGAGAGUAUCAGACUAAAAGUCAUGGGGCUGUAUCAUCCAUAAUAAGCUUUCUUUCAGGAUGUUGUGGUCAAUGUAGUGGCCAAAUUGUAUCCGAGUUAAUAAAGCUCCAAAAGUGAAGCAUUCAUUCUGCUGUCAUCUCACUGUCCAGGUUUAUCUUGUCUUACAAUGGGUAUUCAAAAAUGACCGUCAGAGGAUAUGUAAGUAUAAGGCCUGCACUUGCCUCGUGUUGGGAACUAGAGAAAAGAAAGUGUCUGGCAACGCUUUGUCUUUUCACUGUAUUUAACGGAGGGUUUAUUUAGAGAUGAGCAUUUUUAAAAUCUCUUAAUCGCCAUGCCCGCCAGGGGUCUUGUUAAGUCAUUUUCUGUGGCUAAAAUGAUGUGCGUUAACUUUGAAGAGAUGAGCCGUACCCAGACAGUCAUCCUACCGGUGGCUUUGAUUGCCCUGAAUUCUGACUGUUGAAUACUGAGUUUCCCAUGAAUCUUGGAGGAAAAGAACGGGCCUUUUUAGGAAGCAUCUCUGUAAGAUGGUGUCAGUGGAGUCUUCAGAGAGUUGUUGUUAUGAUGGAUGACGGAGGAAAACACGUCUGAUUUUUAUUAAACGGAGCAUUAUUUACAGAAAGCCAUUGUUGAGAAUUAGUUCCCACAUCAUAUAAAUAUCCAUUAACUAUUCUAAAUUGUAAGAGGACUCCAGCAUUGCUGUGCGCAAGGCACUCCCCUGGGGCCUUUCUGCAUAGCAAUUAAAGGUGUGCUCUUUGUCAGUAGCCAUUUUUUUGCAGUAAUUUAAAGACCAAAGUUCUUUUACAGCUGUGUUACCCUUAAAGGUUUUUUUUUAUAUGUAUUAAAUCAAUUUAUCACUGUUUGAAGCUUUGAAUACCUGCAAUCUUUGCCAAGAUACUUUUUUAUUUAAAAAAAAUAACUGUGUAAAUAUUACCCUGUAAUAUUAUAUAUACUUAAUAAAACAUUUUAAGCUAU